AUGGCAACUGACAGGCACGAGGGGCCCUUAACGGAUAUGAUUGUCUCGGCGUGGGAGGCGUCGCCAUGGAAACCGGGCGCCUCUGGGUUCGAGCCUGAGCGCGAGAGGAGGGCGGAGCCUGAGCGUGAGAGGAGGGCGGAGCCUGAGCAUGAGAGGAGGGCGGAGCCUGAGUGCGAGAGGAGGGCGGAGCCUGAGUGUGAGAGGAGGGCGGGGUCUGAGCGAGAGAGGAGGGUGGAGCCUGAGUGUGAGAGGAGGGUGGAGCCUUCCUAUGCGUACAUGCGGGUUCUGAGCGGGUUCUGCGCUUUGCCGCGGCGCUCUCCGGCCGUGGCUCACUGCGCCGGCGGGAUCGGGGGCGCCGCUGCUCCGCCGCUGCUGUGGUUAUUCGCUCCGCGGCGCUCGACGGAAAAGCCGGGCUGGACCGGCGGGAACAGCGGGGUCUCCUGGGCUGAGCCCGGCCAGAGGGGGGUCGGGGUAGAGGUCAGGCGCCAGGGCGAACGAGGACCGCUCCACCGCUCCCUGCUGGUCUCCAGACCCACGCACUACCAGUUGGAGCCGCUCCCAUCUCUCCCUCCUCUCCCUCCACUCCGACUCCCGCUGCUCCCCAACGGAAUCCAGGCCUGCUUUUCCUUCUCACUUGUUCCCAACAAAAAAAAGGUAGACCUCUUCACUUCAGAAAAGGAGGAAAACUCUUUGGUAAGAUGGUCCUCUCAAGAUUCGCAGAGGAAGAUGGGUUUCCCCCUUGAGCCUGGUUCCUUCCGAGGUUCCUUCCCAUCUGCUACAGGUAGAUUAUCCUUGCCACUGUUGCCUUAGUCUUGCU